AUGGGCCACGAUCGGACAUCCAGCACCGCUCGUCCAGACAUGACUUUGUUCCAGCAUUUUAGCAAUACUGGAACCAGUGGCCAGGACCACAAACAGGUUUUCCAGCAGAUGUAUGGCGGAGACCAGAAUAGGGGCUACCUCUUCGUUUCGAAGCUUUGGACAUUCCAGGUCAAUAAUGGCAAGUCUCUUACAACGCCGUAUUCCACCAUAUACGGCCCCAGUGACCCUACCAGUCUCAUAACCCGGGUGCGUCAGCACACGAGGGAGGUUGCCCGAUCCCUGGAGAAGACCCAAUCCGCCACUGCUGACUCCAGCUCGAUCUGGAACGUGUCCGGAAUUGUCUCCAACUCAGAAAGCAUCCUGGAAUAUGUGCAAUCCCUCGAUCUCUGGUGUAUUGCCACACUCCAAGAGAUGAACUGUUCAGAUCCAGACGCAGAGCACACGAAGGCAAGUCUGGCACCAGACGGCUCCCACUACAUGAAAUUGCCCAAUAAACGUAGGACGCAUCUGACGCAUCUCAACAUAAAGUUCGUCACAGGCCUAAUAUCCGUCUAUUCGUUGUUCAUCGGGACACGCAGCAAGGGCAACACGAUGCAGACUCACAAGAAAGCAGAUCGCAAACUGCUCAAAGCAAUAAGUGACCUGUAUUGUGGAGGCAGGACGGCUAUAGUACCGGCUUUGGGCUUAACCUACGAUGUCUCGCAAUCCGCUUGGGAUGCCGUAGAGGAAGUCCUCGAGACGGCGAUCUCGCUACAUCACGACGGCCUAGAGCGUUCUGUUUUCCUCGAGCGUGGAGUCACAGUCCCCGGGGACCUAUUGGAUGUGCAAAAGCAGAUCACAGAAAUUUUGAUCAAGUUGGGUCGGCACGUUGGUCACCGGAGGGAAGGUUUACUGGUUUUCCAUGAGAUUCCAUCUCUGAGCAAGAAAGCUUCCGAGUCACUGCGCUCAUGCUUCGAUACACUCCCAGGCCGCCUUGACGGCUGCAAUAUCAGGGCCAUGCAAGCCGGCCAGGUUGAUGCAGUCCUUGCACAAUUGUCACACUCGAUCAUGGACCUCAAGGUCUAUGAGGGAAGAACAGCGAUGGAAAUCUACAUGGAAUACCUCGAGAAUUUAUCUGCGGAAAUUGGCACGGGGGAGGCAACUCGCAAGUCUCUGAAGAAGAUCAGAGUAUUUCGCUACGAGCUUUCGGCUUUUCGACACGUGCAGCAACAGCAGCUGACAGUCAUCGAGGAACUGCACACCAGGCUCAUCGAGCGGCAGGAAGACGAGGACGAACAUGUCUAUCUCGGCGACGAAGGCUUUUCACAGGCGUCUGUGGCCUUUGACCAAUGCACUGCAAGUCUGAAGUCCAAGAUCGAUCAGAUUGACUCCUGGCUCAAAGCAUGCGCGCAGCACCGCUCCGAGUGCGAAGACAUCCUCUCCAGCGUCCAAGACUGGCGAGAAAACGCCGCCGUCGUCUUCACGAGCGUCACCGUCAUCUUCCUCCCGUUGCAAUUCGUGGCUGGCAUCUUUGGCAUGAAUACAUCGGACCUUAGGGAUCUGGGCUACGGACAGAUCUCAGACAUCGUGCUGGUCGCGGAUCGUCCAAUGCGAGCAUCUUACUGCGUGGAGCUACGGCCGGGACCUUUUAGAAGCAACGCGAUUCCGAAAAGGGGCAAUGCUACUGGUGCUAAUAUCGAAGACGUCAAGGUGCCUGUUGGGUUGAUGAUGUAUGUCAUUGAUGAUCCUAAGCCUUCAUCAUCAGCCAAAGAACAGCCAGUCAAGCAAGCAACUCUCCCAUCCUCACAACAAAACCCCCGCAAUCCACCAGACAAGAUGCUCACCACCACCCUCGCCAACGCCGCAGUCCUGCUGGCAACCUACCUCCACUCGAUCACUGCAUCACCCACCCUCGCAACCCGCCAAUCCACCGCCCCCUUCACCAUCGAGCCUUUUCUCCAAUUCAGCGCCAGCCUAAGCCCCCAAUACCCAACCUCCGACAUUCGCUCCGCCUUCGGUCGCUUCCAACAAGUCAGAACCACCGACUUCAGCGGCGUCAUCUCGGGCACGAUUCCGCUUUUCGAGCUCCAGGUCACCUAUGCUGGCGACACGCCGAGUUUCGUUGAUCAGCAGAGCUUCGGCAACCUCUUCGCCAUCUUCAAAACGACCGACGGCGUCCCCUUGAGCAUGACCGCCCUGGGCCCUACCAACCCCCUCGGCUCCGCCCAGCAAGCUGGCGUCCAGGUCACCGGCUUCGCCUCGAUCCAGACCAAGGAUCCCAAGUAUGCUUACUUGAAUGAGAUGGCAUUCUUGGUUGAGAUUUGUGGUGGCCAGAGUGGAGCUACUUUGGAGGGCACGGGGACGAUUUACAGCCUGAACUCUACGCAGACUUGCACUUUGCCUCCGGCGGGAGGCGCUGGAGCGGGUAGCAACUCUAGCUGUACUACUACUGCGGCUGCUUAG